AUGUCUGAGCUUGAACUCAAGAUGAAGAUCCUCCUCAUCUUCACCCUGUGGCUGAUCUCAGCAUCAUCAUCAACAACAUCAUCAGUGUCCUCAUUACAAUCAUCAUUACCAUCAUCCUCCACGUCAAGACCAUCAUCAUCAUUACAAACACCAUCAUCCUCAUCAUCAUCAUUACCAUCAUCCUCCAAAUCAAGACCAUCAUCAUCAUUGUCAUCAGCACCAUCAACACCACCACCAUCAUCCUCCACAUCAAGGCCAUCAUCAUUGUCACCAACAUCAUCAUUACAACCACCAUCAUCCUCAUCCUCAUCAUUAUCAUUAUCCUCGUCGUCGUCACCACCACCAUCAUCAUCACCACCAUCAUUUGCAUCACAACCACCAUCAUCCUUAUCAUCAUCAUUAUCCUCCACAUCAAGACCAUCAUCAUUGUUACCACCACCAUCAUCAUCAUCAUUAUCAUCAUCAUCACCACCAGCACCAUCAUUUGCAUCACAACCACCAUCAUCCUCAUCAUCAUUACCAUCUUCUUCUACAUCAAGACCAUCACUAUCAUUAUCGUCAUCAUCGUCACCACCAUCAUUUGCAUCACAACCACCAUCAUCCAUAUCAUCAUCAUCAUCAAUGUCACCACCACCAUCAUCAUUAUUCUCAUCAUCAUCAUUACCAUCAUCCUCCACAUCAAGACCAUCAUCAUUGUCACCACCACCAUCAUCAUCACAACUAACAUCAUCAUUAUCAUCAUCAUCCUUCACAUCAAGACCAUCAUCAUUAUUGUCAUCCACACCAUCAUCCUCAUCAGCGCCAUUACCAUCAUCCUCAUCAGCGCCAUUACCAUCAUCCUUAUUACCAUCAUUACCAUCAUCUUCUACAUCAAGACCAGUACCAACACCAUCAUCAUCAUCGUCGUCGUCAUCACCACCGUCAUCACCACCAUCAUUUGCAUCACAACCAUCAUCCUUAUCAUCAUCAUUAUCCUCCACAUCAAGACCAUCAUCAUUGUUACCACCACCAUCAUCAUCAUCACCACCAGCACCAUCAUUUGCAUCACAACCACCAUCAUCCUCAUCAUCAUCUUCUACAUCAAGACCAUCACUAUCAUUAUCGUCGUCGUCACCAUCAUCAUUAUUACCACCACCAUCAUUAUCAUUAUCCUCAUCAUCAUCAUCAUUACCAUCAUCCUCCACAUCAAGACCAUCAUCAUUGUCACCACUACCAUCAUCAUCACAACUAACACCAUCACCAUCAUCAUCAUCAUCAUCACUAUCAUCCUUCACAUCAAGACCAUCAUCAUUAUUGUCAUCCACACCAUCAUCCUCAUCAGCGCCAUUACCAUCAUUCUUAUUAACAUCAUUACCAUCAUUUUCUACAUCAAGACCAGUACCAACAUCAUCAUCAUCAUCAUCAUUAUCAUCAUCACCAUCAUCAUCGUCGUCACCACCACCAUCAUCACCACCAUCAUUGCCACCAUCAUCAUUAUCCUCCACAUCAAGACCAUCAUCAAUGUCACCAGCACCAUCAUCAUUAUCCUCCUCCUCAUCAUUAUCAUCAUCCUCCACAUCAAGACUAUCAUCAUUGUCACCACCACCAUCAUCAUCACAAAUACCACCACCAUCAUCAUCACAACUACCACCACCACCACCAUCAUCAUCAUCAUCAUCAUCACAACCACCAUCAUCCUCAUCAUCAUCAUCACAAUCAUCCUUCACAUCAAGACCAUCAUCAUCGUCAUCCACACCAUCAUCCUCAUCAGCGCCACCACCAUCAUCCUCAUCAACAUCAUUACCAUCAUCUUCCACAUCAAGACCAUCAUUACCAUUGCCAUUAGCACCACCAUCAUCAUCGUCAUCACCACCACCACCAUUUCCCUUAUCAUCAUUAUUACCAUCAUCCUCCACAUCAAGACUAUCAUCAUUUUCACCAUCAUCAUCAUCACAACCACCAUCAUCCUCAUCAUUACCAUCAUCCUCCACAUCAAGACCAUCAUCAUUGUUACUAUCAUCAUCAUCAUCAUCAUCAUCAUCAUCACCACCAUCAUCAUCACCAUCACCACCACCAUAAUUUGCAUCACAACCAUCAAAAUCUUUAUCAUCAUCAUUACCACCAUCACAAUUAUCAUCCUCCACAUCAAGACCAUCAUCAUUAUUACCACCACCAUCAUUAUCAUUAUCCUCAUCAUCAUCAUCAUUACCAUCAUCCUUCACAUUAAGGCUAUCAUCAUUGUCACCAUCAUCAUCAUCAUCAUCAUCACAACCACCAUCAUCCUCCACAUCAAGACAAUCAUCAUUGUUACCAUCAUCAUCAUCAUCAAGACCAUCAUUGUCACCACCACCACCACCAUCAUCAUCAUUAUCGUCACCACCAUCAUCAUCAUCAUCAUCAUUGUCACCACCAUCAUCAUCAUCAUCACCACCACCAUCAUUUGCAUCAAAACCACCAUCAUCCUUAUCAUCAUCCUCCACAAUCAGAUUAUCCUUAUUGUCACUACUACCAUCAUAAUCAUCAUCAUCAUCAUCAUCAAGACCAUCAUCAUUGUCAACACCACCAUCAUCAUCAUCAUUGUGACCAUCAUCAUCAUCAUUGUGACCAUCAUCAUCAUCAUCAUCAUCAUCAUCUGCAUCAUUUGCAUCACAACCACCAUCAUCCUCCUCCUCAUGA